ACUGCUUCAUCGCAUGCCCCGCGCAGAUUCACAGCACUUUUCACACGAAGAAAGAGAACCACAUUGCUGUGGAAUUCCUUUAGCAGGUUUUAAUUUCUUUUUAUUUUUUUAUCUGUUUUUAUCCCCUUUUAUUUUGUUUGUGGUUAGGAAUUUUUAGCAUCUCGGCUUCACUUUACUCACCAUUGAGGGCUCAGGGAUUCCUCGAAACAAAAGCAGUCAUUGAGUGGUGUAUUCGCAUUUGAAGAUGGCGGACGGGAGCAUGAACCACGAGAGCCCCCGAGCUUUCGUGUUAAGCCGAAGAUUAGCUACUCCCUCCGUAGUGCGAUCCAGCAUUCCUAGCACAUCAUCUAGCGCUUACAAUGAGUUCGAGAACCUGUUCGCUCCCCCUCUACCUGCACGGGUCGUCAUCAAGCAGUCGUCCUCGUCGCCUGUGCUGGCCCGAUCCGAAUCUGCAUCGGCAUUCAAAUUCCCCAUUCCCCCGGCAGUUAUACCCAACGGACAUGGAGUGUCAUCCUUGUCACAUCGAUCGGAGCAGCAUCUGCCCGGGCCGUCCACGAGUGAAUCGCUGAAGCGGGUGGCGUCGCUGGGUGCCGAUCUGUCAGCGUACGAGGAGCCCGGGUCUUCCGAUUAUCCCAAGCGUUUCUGCCGCAAUGUCAAUGUCUCCAGCAACUGGCAGAGUAUGGAGUCGCUGGCGGCGUCCACCCGGAAAUCGGUGAAUGAGCCGAAUUUGGCGGCGGUGCUCUUGCGACGGGAAUUACCGGAUGCAUUUGGCAAGCACAGCAUGGUGCCGAUGAGAAAUCUUGAUCGCGAAUUCUACUCAUGCAUCACACCGAACAUGACGGUUUUGGAUGUUCAGCAUCCGCCGCUGUUUAUUCGCAAAUUUUCCCCGGAUGGGCGACACCUGUCCGCUUUCAGUAACGAUCUCCGAUUCCUCAUCCUGUUCCGGUAUCAGGGAGCCGGGGCGGUGGGCAAGUUCUUCCCGAAUCCUGAUGCUUUGAUUAAUCCAGAAGAAGAUCAGCAGCUGAUGCAGCGGGAACUGUUUUCCACGUUAUUCCGGGAAAAAGCCCGCAUCCGUAUCAUUCCGGAGGCUAAUGAUCCGGCUCAAAUUUGCCGGGAUUUCAGCCUGUACACUAUGGACAGCAAGUUCCUUAUCAUAGUUACUACUGGACCGUCUGUUUUCGACGAGGAUAGCGGCCCGGAGAUCCGCCAAACCAACGAAUCUCUGACUAAACAUGAACGUUCACCCUUGGAAGACUACCGAUUUGUCAUCGUCAAUAUUCAGACGUGUGCUAUUUGGGAUGAGUUGGAAUUUCGAUUUGAUCGGAUUACUGUAUCCAACAGCGUGGGCGUCUAUCUUUGUGGGAACAUUUUGUCCAUUCUGUCCAUACAGCACCAGCGGAUUAGCAUGUACACUGUUGCUGAUGGCAAACUGACCCCGUAUCGCACCCUUGGCCAGUAUUGCUACGGCGAGAAUGAUCCCGGUCAGACUUUAUGGACCACUCUGUAUCCCAUCGUGGCACCAUGCGAAGAAGCUUUUAUGAGCACUAUGAAGCAGAAGCUGUUUUUGACAUUUUUCCGCAUGGCCAAGAAAGAUGCCAAAGACACGAAAUCAUAUGGGCCGCUCAUGGAAUUCCACAAACAGUAUCCCUUCUAUAAACGCUUGAAGAUGUGGAAGUUUCAAAUGCUGGAUACCAACAACCUCCUCAUUAAAUGGGCACCGGAAGAUGUUGUGCUUAGUCGCACAGCAGACCCAUCCAACUAUCCACAGUUCCUGAGUUUUUUCGAUAUUGAAGAAUGCAGUUUUUAUGCCGUGUACGAGCACCGUCAGGAAAGUAUGCUGAACUGGUACGAGAAGCACCGGGAUGAAUUUCGCAAUGCAGCUGCACAACACCCGGAUUUUCAAGUGGACCCUUUGCAUUCUCGUAUGGCAUAUGAACGGGUGAAACGGCUAACGAUGAACUCGAAAGCUGGCGGAGGAAUGCGAGACACGUGUGCGCGUUUGUUAGCUCAACUUCCGAUUGCCUGCCAGAAUUUCUCUCCCAGUCCUUACGUCGAUAUGUCAUUGUUCCAUUACGAUACUUCGCUUAUAUCCAAUGUCGAGCGAGCGAAGAGCAAGUCGGACGAGCCGAUUCGAUUUUACACUCGGCAGUCUGGAACGCUGAAGUUUACGCUGAACGUGUCUCGAAACUCCGGUGGACGUCGUACUAAGCGGUUCGUUACGCAUAUUUUCCAUCCAACCGAUCCACUAAUCAUCACCUGUGAGAAGCCGGGUAUUCAGAUCUGCGAUACGGAAGUGCAUCUGCAUAUCCGCCGUCCAGCGUAAUAGGGCAAAGAGCUCGUGGGAAACUGCACAAAUUUUGACCGUUGGCGGCGUUGCAGUCGGUGAUAGCUCAUCUAUUUUUGGUUGUGAUAGAUGGUAUUGUGUCUGCUCUGUUCUCUUGUAAUUUUUAAUAUCGCAUGCAAAAAGGGCUGACCAUGGGCUUUCUGAAUUUACUAGGAAUAUUUUUAUCCUGUCUUACUGUUCUUACAUUUUUUUAUCGUUGAUUCCUGCUUGACUUGAUUGUAUCGCUGUUUUUACCCAGACCUGAUGUGUUUUGGGUGAUGCUGAUCGGAAGUGAUCGGAGUUGCAGCUGUAAAAGUUGAUAAAAUAAUUAUUGCACGA